AUGUCGAGUGGUGUUCAAGGAGAGACAAUGGAUCUUGAUUUAAACCAAGCCCCAUCUUCUGAUUCUACUCCUCCGACCGGUUUAAUCACAGAGAUCUCUCCAUGGUUAAACGAGCUCGAAACCGCUCACGAGAGGAUCGAAGAACGCAUAAGACAGCUCGAAUCAAUCGUCUCAAGACUCAGAGACCGAGAAACAACAACAACAGCAACACCGGCUUUGUCACCGGCUAACGAACACAGAGAUUCAACCUCAACCGCCGGAGUGAUACACGAGCGAUCUAGAGAGAGACUUUUCGAAAACAGAGACAACAACAACAAGACUCAUCUGAUAGCAAAGGCAUUGAACAUGGAGAAGACAAGCUCUGUUCCCGGUGGAUACUUUGACUGCAACAUAUGUUUAGAGAAAGCCGAAGCUCCGAUUCUGACUUGCUGUGGUCACUUGUUCUGCUGGGGAUGCUUCUACCAGCUUCCUCUCAUCUACCUAAACAUCAAAGAAUGUCCUGUCUGCGACGGUGAAGUCACCGACACCGAGGUGAUUCCGAUUUACGGCAACAGCGAUGACGAUUCUUGCUCUGACACUAAACCGAAGAUGGAAGACUGCGGUCUUCGUCUACCUCCGAGACCCAACGCGAAACGAGUCGAAAGCGUUCGUCAAAAGAUCAUAAACCGGUCGAUUCCUUUCAUACCGGUUCACGAAACAAUCGAGCAUAUUAGGAGAACUAUUGAUUCCAUUGGUUUACAAGCUGAUGAGUUCGGUUUAGCCACCAUCGUAACCAAUGGUGGUCAACAACAACAACAUCAGUCUUUUGGACCGUUGAGGUUAUUACCACCGUUUGCUUCUUUCCCAGGUCUUGUAGUUGAUACCUCGGAGACACCGGAAGAUGAUGAUGUUUUCGAUGUUGAUAGUUUUGUUGAUGCAACUGCUACAACAACUAGUUUGAGAACAAACAACCGUCGUAGGUCUUUACGUAUUGCUGAGAUUGGUGGUCCUUCGCCAGCGGUGAGACCUUCUUCUCUUCAGAGAAGCAACAAUGUUUCUCAAACGAUUUCGUUUAGGCUUGGCUCUGCUGCAGCUUCGUCGUCGUCUAGAGAGUUUGCUGUUCCGGGGUCUAGCCAAACUGUGAAUCCGACUGAAGUGGUUACUUCUGCUUCGUCGUCUAGGAGAAGAACAGAUGAUGUAGAGAGUGGACCUAGGACCAGGUCUAGAAGGAGGCUGAGGUAA